CGGAGCCGGAGCUGGCGGGAGCGCGCGCGCGCGGCCCAGGUAACCGGCGCGGGGCCACCGAGGCUGGCGCUCAGGCCUAGGCCGCCCUGCAGCCUGCACCUGGGGGUGUAGCCUCGCCUCAGAGGGAGUGUUGGAGCGGCGGGUGCGAGCUCACAGGCCCCCCAUUUCAGGAGCAGUAUAUAUUGGGGAGCCAGGCACUAUUCUGAACACUUUACAUGAACUGCUUUCCAAAGCUCUUUGAGGUGCAUUGGGGUGACUGAUUGGUAUCACCAAGAUGGCGCUCCAUGCCACCAGGGCUGCUGCACUGCUCUCCUGGGUGAACAGUCUGCAAAUAGCUGAUCCCGUGGACACAGUACAGCAGCUGCAGGACUGCAGGAUCUUCUUAAAGAUCAUUGACCACAUCCAUGGCACUGAAGAGGGGCAGCAGAUCCUGCAGCGGCCAGUAGUAGAGAGGCUGGAGUUUGUGUGUGCUUUCCUACAGAAAAACAGAAAACAUGCUGCUUCUUCAGAAUGUCUGGUGUCAGUGCAGAAAGUGACUGAGGGGUCGGAGUUGGAACUGGCCAAGAUGAUAAUGCUGCUCUUGUACCAUUCCACCAUGAGCUCCAAAAGCCCGAGGGACUGGGAACACUUUGAGUAUAAGAUUCAGGCGGAGUUAGCUAUCAUUCUGAAGUUUGUCCUGGAGCAUGAGGACGGCCUUAACCUGAAUGAGGACCUAGAGAGCUUCCUACAGAAAGCUACUGUUCCAUCAACCUGUUCCAGCACUGUCUCUGAAGAGUUCUCCCCGCCCAGCCAUCAGGCCAAGAGGGAAGUUCGCUUCCUAGAGCUCCAAAAGGUGGCCUCAUCUUCCAGUGGGAACAACUUUCUUUCAGGGUCACCCGCCUCCCCUCUGGGUGACAUCCUGCAGACCCCACAGUUCCAGAUGAGACGACUCAAGAAGCAGCUUGCAGAUGAGAGAAGUAACAGGGAUGAGCUAGAAAUGGAGCUGACUGAGAACCGCAAGCUCCUCACUGAGAAGGAAGCACAGAUUGCUGUGAUGCAGCAGCGCAUUGACCGACUGGCCCUGCUGAAUGAGAAGCAGGCGGCGAGCCCUCCAGAGCCCAGGGAGCUCGAGGCGCUGCAGGGCAAGAAUGAGAGCCUCACAUUGCGGCUCCAUGAAACUCUGAAGCAGUGCCAAGACCUGAAGACAGAGAAGGGCCAGAUGGACCGCAGAAUUAACCAGCUUUCAGAGGAGAAUGGGGACCUGUCCUUUAAGCUGCGGGAGUUCUCCAGUCACAUGCAGCAGCUCCAGGGGGCGCUGGACGAAGUGUCAGAGGAGCACAAUAAGGCCACCCGGAAAUGGGGAGAGACACAGACACAUCUGGAGAAAGAGCUGAGCGCCACGCUACAAGACAAGAAAUGCCUCGAGGAGAAGAAUGAAAUCCUUCAGGGGAAACUUUCACAGAUGGAGGAGCAGUUGUCCCAGCUGCAGAAGAACUCACCCCAGAAGGGGGAGGUGCUGGGGGAUGUCCUACAGCUAGAAACGCUGAAGCAGGAGGCAGCCACACUUGCUGCUGACAAGGCCCAGCUCCAAGCCAAGGUGGAGGCGCUGGCCACCCAGCAGAGUCAGCAGGAGGCCCAAUUGCUGGCUGAGCGGGGCCACUUUGAAGAGGAGAAGCAGCAGCUGGCUGGUUUGAUUGCCGAGCUGCAGGGCUCUCUGUCUACCAUCCGCCAGGCCAAGGAAGAGUUGGAACAGGCCUCCCAGGCUCAGGGAACCCAACUGACUGCCCAGGUGACCACGCUCACCUCUGAACUCUCCACUCUGAAUGCUACACUCCAGCAGCAGGAUCAGGAAUUGGCCAACCUGAGGCAGCAAGCCCAGCAAGAGCAAGCACAACUGGCCCUUAGCCUCCAGCAGCAGGAACAGACCUCGCAGGACCUCCGCCAGCAGAUGGAGCAGCUGAGCAGCAGUCUGCAGCAGAAGGAGCAGCAGUUGCAAGAGGCCACCAAAGAGCGAGAGAUUGCCCAGCGAGACCACAGCCAACAGCUGGCUGCCGCCACCAAGGAGCAGGAAGCCACCUGUAGGGAGAGGGACUCGGCGCUAGAGCAGCUAAAAGCCUUGAAGGAGGAAAAGGCUACUAAGCUUGAGAGUCUGCAACAGCAGCUUCAUGCUGCUAAUGAUGCCCGAGACCGGGCCCAGACUUCAGAGAAACAGGCCCAGCAGGAGAAGGCAAAGCUGAGCCAGAAGGUGGAAGAGCUGCGUGCCCAGGCCGAGAAAGCCUGCCAGGACCAAAGCGUGGCCCAGGCCCGGGUCACUGAGCUGCAGUCCCAGCUGACAUCCGAGCAGCAGAAAGCGGCUGAGAGCGAGCUGGUGAUGCGGGAGAAGAAACAGCUACAGGAGCAGGUCAAAACCCUUGAGGAGUCCUUAAAAGCCAGCAAGGGCCGCUUGGAUGAGGAGAAGCGCAGGGCUGCCGCCGCCCUGGAAGAGCAGCGGCAGCGAUUCUCCAGACUGGAGGCAGAGAACCAGAGCAUGGUGGAGCAGCAGAAGCAGGCCCGGAAAGAGCAAGAGGAGGAGAAGUCUGUGCGCAAGGGGCUGGAGGGCCGGUUACAGCAGCUUGGGGAGGCCCGGGAGGCCGAAACAGAAGCCAUGCGGCGGGAGCUGGCUGAGGCCAUAGCCUCUCAGCGUGGGGCCAAGAGUGAGUGUGAACAGCUGGCCAAAGAAGUGGCCACUUGGCAAAAGCGUUAUGAGGACAGGAAGCAGGAGGAGGCCCAGCACAGCGCUGUGUUCCAGGAACAGCUGGCAGCCCUGAAGGAGGAAUGUGAGAAGGCCCACCAGGAGCUCCAGGAGGCGAAGGCAAAGGUGGCUGGGGUGGAGGCCCACAAGGAGCUGCAGAGUGAACUAGCUCAGCUCCAUGCCGACUUGGCCUGUGCCCUCCAGCAGGUCCAAGAGAAGGAGGCACGGGCCCAGGAGCUAGCAGAUGAUCUUUCUGCCUUGCAGGAAAAGAUGGCUGCCAAUAGCAAGGAGGUGGCCCAGCUGGAAAGUUUGGUGCGCAAGGCAGGUGAGCCAUCUGAGACAGCCCCCCCGGAGCUCCAAAAGGAGCCCCCAAGGGCAGGCGGUCAAGAGCAGCAUGGUCACCCAUUCUCCAGCAUGCAGGCCACCCUGCAGGCCAUGGAGCAUGAAUCCAAGCGGCUGGCUAGUGAGCUAGACAGGCUGCGGGCUGCGCUGAUGGAGGAGCGAGGGCAGCAGGAACGUGAGGUGGCCAGGCUGGCCCAGGAGCAGGGCCAGGCCAAGUCGGAUCUGGCCCUGGAGAAAGCUGCUAAGGCAGAGCUGGAGAUGCGGCUGCAGAAUGCUCUCAACGAGCAGCGGGUGGAGUUUGCCAACCUGCAGGAAGCACUGGCCCUUGCCCUGCGGGAGAAGGAAGGGAAGGACCAGGAACUAACUCAGCUUCGAGGGCUAGAGGCUGCUCAGAACACAGAGGUGGGGGAGCUCCGGAAGGCCAUGGAGCUGCUGAAGGCACAGCUGGCCAAGAAGGAGAUAUGCCAACAGCCCGGUGGGAUGACUGGAGUGGAGGACACCACCCACUCUGGUGCACUAUCGGAGGCAUCUGGAAAGGCCCAGCGGCCUAGCCCAGAGCUGGAGGCCUUGCGGGCAGAGGUGAGCAGACUAGAGCAGGUGUGCCGGGAACGGCAGCAGAAGGCCUCAACUCUGGAGUGUAGCCUGGAGUCUGAGCGCACUAAGCACACAGAGGCCCUGGACAAUCUGCGGGGCCAGUUAGAGGCAAAGGUACAGGAACUGGGACACAGUCAGGACUCCUUAGCUACAGCCCAGAAGGAGCUGACUGCACUCCGUGCCAAGGCCCAGGACCAGAGCAAGGCCGAGGGGGAGUGGAAGGCCCAGGUGGCACGGGGCCAGCAGGAGGCAGAGAGGAAAAACAGCCUCAUCAGCAGCUUAGAGGAGGAAGUGUCGAUCCUGAACCGCCAGGUCCUGGAGAAGGAGGGCGAGAGCAAGGAGUUGAAGCGGCUGGCUUUUGCCGAGUCAGAGAAAAGCAAGAAGCUGGAGGAGCGGCUACGCCUGCUGCAGACUGAGACUGCCAGUAACAGUGCCCGCGCUGCCGAGCGCAGUUCGGCUCUGCGGGAAGAGGUGCAGAGCCUGAGAGAGGAGGCCGAGAAGCAGCGUGGGGCUGUCGAGAACUUGCGUCGGGAACUGGCCUUGCAGGCCGAGCGGGCCGAGGAGCUGGGCCAGGAGUUGAAGGCGUGGCAGGAGAAGUUCUUCCAGAAGGAGCAGGCGCUCUCCGCCCUGCAGCUCGAGCACGCGAGCACCCAGGCCCUAGUGAGUGAACUGCUGCCGGUCAAGCACCUGUGCCAGCAGCUACAGGCUGAGCAGGCAGCAGCUGAGAAGCACCAUCGUGAGGAGCUGGAGCAGAGCAAGCAGGUGGCUGGGGGGCUGCGGGCAGAACUGAUGAGGGCCCAACGCGAACUCGGGGACCUGGGAGCCUUGCGGCAAAAGGUGGCAGAGCAAGAGCGAGUUGCCCAGCAGCUGCGGGCAGAGAAAGCCAGCUAUGCUGAACAGCUGGGCAUGCUGAAGAAGGCCCACGGCCUGCUGGCUGAGGAGAACCGGGGACUGGGUGAGCGGGCUAGCCUCGGCCGGCAGUUUCUGGAAGUGGAGCUGGAUCAGGCCCGGGAGAAGUAUGGCCAAGAGCUGGCAGCAGCGCGCGCAGAAGCAGAAUCCCGUCUGGCUGACAUUCAGCGGGAAACCCAGAGGGCAACCCAGGAGCUGGAGGUGAUGACUGCCAAGUAUGAGGGUGCCAAGGCCAAGGUCCUGGAGGAGAGGCAGCGGUUCCAGGAGGAGAGGAAGAAACUCGUUGUCCAGGUAGAGGACCUGAGUAAACAGCUGAGCGACCACGAACAGGCCAGCAAGGCGCAGCAACAAAAGCUCAAGACUCAGGGCAGUGAGAGCCAACAGGAGGCGCAGCGCCUCCAGGCCCAACUGAGUGAGCUGCAGGCCCAGCUGAGCCAGAAGGAGCAGGCAGCUGAGCAUUACAAACUGCAGAUGGAGAAAGCCAAGACACAUUAUGAUGCCAAGAAGCAGCAGAACCAAGAGCUGCAGGAGCAGCUACAGGGCCUGGAACAACUGCAGAAGGAAAACAAGGAGCUGAGGGCUGAAGCUGAGCGGCUGGGCCGGGAGCUCCAGCAAGCUGGGUUGAAGACCAAGGAGGCUGAACAGAGCUGCCGCCACUUGACUGCCCAAGUGCGCAGUUUGGAGGCUCAGGUUGCCCAUGCGGACCAGCAGCUCCGAGACCUGGGCAAGUUCCAAGUGGCUACUGAUGCUUUAAAGAGCCGUGAGCCCCAGGCAAAGCCCCAGCUGGACCUGAGUAUUGACAGUCUGGACCUGAGUUGCGAGGAAGGAACCCCGCUUACUGUCACCAGCAAGCUGCCUCGCACCCAGCCGGAUGGCACCAGUAUUCCUGGAGAGCCGGCAUCGCCCAUCUCCCAACGCCUGCCCCCCAAGGUAGAAUCGCUGGAGAGUCUCUACUUCACCCCCAUCCCAGCUCGGGGUCAGGCACCCCUGGAGAGCAGUCUAGACUCUCUAGGGGAUGUGUUCCUGGACUCGGGUCGGAAAACCCGCUCUGCACGCCGACGCACCACCCAAAUCAUCAAUAUCACCAUGACCAAGAAGCUGGAUGUAGAGGAGCCGGACAGUGCUAACUCCUCCUUUUACAGUACCCAAUCUGCCCCCGCAUCUCAGGCUGGCCUGCGUGCUGCUGCCUCAGCCCAGUCUUUAGCCCGCCUGGGCUCACCAGAUGACAGCAACUCAGCUCUGCUUAGCCUGCCUGGCUACCGGCCCACCACACGCAGUUCUGCCCGUCGCUCCCAGGCUGGGGUAUCCAGUGGCGGCCCUCCAGAAAGGAACAGCUUUUACAUGAGCACUUGCCAAGAUGAGCCCGAGCCGCUCGAUGACUGGAACCGGAUUGCAGAGCUGCAGCAGCGCAACCGAGUCUGCCCCCCGCACCUCAAGACCUCCUACCCCUUGGAAUCUAGGCCUUCCUUGGGCCUGACCACCAUCACAGAUGAGGAAAUGAAAACUGGGGACCCCCGUGAGACUUUGCGCAGAGCCAGCAUACAGCCCACCCAGGUCACUGAGGGCAUCACCACCAGGCAGCGCAAACGGGUCUCCUCUGAAUCCCAUCAGGGCCCUGGCACACCUGAGUCCAAGAAGGCCACAAGCUGCUUCCCACGCCCCAUGACUCCCCGGGACCGACAUGAGGGGCGCAGGCAGAAUACUGCUGAGGUCCAGAAGAAAGCAGCCGUUAAACAGGCUGACCGCCGCCAGUCGAUGGCCUUCAGCAUCCUUAACACACCUAAGAAACUGGGGAACAGCCUUCUUCGGAGGAAGGCCUCCAAGGAAGUCCUGUCAAAGGCCUCCCCCAACACCCGCAGUGGAACCCGCCGUUCCCCUCGUAUUGCCACUGCUGCUGCCACCACCCCUCUGCGGGCCAAGGGCAAGGCCAAGCACUAAAGGGCCAGUACCAGUGAGUGGCCCCACCUGUCCCUGAUGCUGACCUCACCUGGUCCUUCUCCUGCCACCACCCCCUCAGUGCCUUCUUGUAGCUCCCAGGCCAAGAGUGGUGAUGCUGCCAACACUCCACCUGUCUGCUUGUUGGCCCUUCGAGGAGCUUCUGCGAGGUGUCAGACUUGUGUCCUCAAGUGGGCCUGGGCAGCCUGGAGGGUCUGGCCCCACUCCCCUAACCCCUCAUGUUCCCCUAGAGCAGUUACUUCCUUCACAGCCAGGUUGGAGGAGAUGGGCACCAGGGCUGGGCCUGGCCUAUCUUCUGGAUCGAGAAGGGACCACUGGAGGAGCAGGUCCUGGUCCCUGUUGUUCCUGGUGAUCGGGCUGAGCAGGGCCCUUGCUCUUGAAGUCCAGGACUGGGCAUUGAUGUGGGAGCACCCCACCCCCAGGUGUUCCCCUCUUCUAAGGCCACAGCUACCUGGAGGGUAUUCUCUUCCAGGACCUGUGCCUCAUGGGGGCAGCUCACCCUCUCCUUCCUCAGACUUAUAUUGGGGUAGGGUUGGAGUGAUGGGAAGGUUUUUAAGGGCCAGGAAUGGAUCUUUUCUAAAUGUUAUUACAUGUAAAUAAAGUCUAUUUUUCUCCCUUG